AUGAAAUUGUUACAAAGAACAACUGGUAGAUCGCCAAGAACAGUUGUAGCAUAUGGGGAUGUAUUUUUCUCAUCCAGUAGCCGUGGAGAUCCAUCUGGACCUAAAAAAGGGCUAUUUUUACAACUGAAAAAGUAUGUCGGGCUAGGAAAUAUGAUGAAUUCAAAACUUCCAUUAUCUGUUCUCGCUGUGAUGGACAAGUGGAGAAUGUUGGCCAGCAUCCGUCGUGGCUUUAUCUAUUUGAACUCGAACAAUGGCAAACGUCAUUAUUUACAAGAUGGAAACAAUAAUAACGAGUGGUCUUUGACCCCGUCGGUCGGUAAAUUAUUAGUUAGUGUUGAAGAUAUUUAA